AUGGGCUCUUCACGAGCAUCCCAGAUAGGGUGUGUGGGAGGGCGAGGGGUGCUGGCUCUGCUGCUGGCUGGUCUCCUCCUGCAAGGGACCUUGGCCAAGAGCAUCGGGACCUUCUUAGACCCCUGCAAGGACCCCACACGUAUCACCUCCCCCAAUGACCCCUGUCUCCUGGGGAAGGGGGACUCCAGCAGCUCCAGUGGUGGCUCCAGUGGCAGCUCCAGUGGAUCCAGUGGCAGCUCCAGUGGCUCCAGUGGCAGUUCCAGCAGUUCCAGUGGUGUUUCCAGUGGCCUGAGUGGUGGCCCCAGUGGUGGUUCCAGUGGCAGCUCCAGUGGCCCCAGCGGUGGCUCCAGUGGAUCCAGUGUUGUUUACAGUGGCCCCAGUGGUCGCCCCAGUGGCGGCUCCAGUGGUGGUUCCAGUGGCUCCAGUGGCUCCAGUGGCCCCAGUGGUCGCCCCAGUGGCGGCUCCAGUGGCGUCUCCAGCAGUGUCUCCAGCAGUGGCUCCGCUGGAUCCACUGUCGUCCAUGGUGGUUCUUCUGGAUCUUCGUUAUUUAAGCCAGGAACGGGGUAUUCCCAGAUAAGCUACUCCUCUGGACCAGGCUCUACUCUACAAGGUGCAUCGAGCUCCCUCCAGUCAGGAAGCAUCAGCUCCCAGUCAGGAGGAGGCUUGAGCUCUUCUAGCUCCCAAACCUCCUGGGUGUCCAGCAGCGGGGGCCAGAAGGUCAGCUCCAAGCUGCGGCCCUGUGGUCCCAACAUCCCUGACUCUCCCUGCAGCGGGGGGCCCAUCGUCUCACACUCUGGCUCCUACAUCUCCAGCUCCCACUCUGUGUCCGGGGGUCAAAGGCCAGUAGUGGUGGUGGUGGAGCAGCAUGGCUCUGGUGGUCCCGGUGGCCCCGGUGGCCCCGGAGUGGGUCAAAGGGUCCCCUGCCUCAACGGAGGCCCUCCAGGCAAGCCCUGCCCCCCCAUCACCUCUGUGGACCAAUAUGGCAGCUAUGAGGUGGUGGGUGGCUCCUCCAACAAUUAUCUGGUCCCAGGCAUGACCUACAGUGGGGGCAAAAUCUACCCGGUGGGCUACUUCACCAAAGACGGCCCCAUCAAAGGCUCCCCAGGAGUGCCCUCCUUUGCUGCUGGGCCCCCCGUCUCUGAGGGCAAGUACUUCUCUGGCAACCCCAUCAUUCCCAACCGCAGCUCUUCUAGCUCCAAUAUCUACCAGUCUGGAGCUUCCUCGACUGCAGUGUUCCAGCCAGUGGGCUCUGGUGGGGUCCAGCCCUGUGUGGUUGGCUCCCUGGGCUCUAAGGGGCCCUGCUCCCUCUCCAGCUCUGGAGUCUCCAGCAGUUCCAGCGUUUCCAGCAGUUCUGGUUCAUCUUUCCAUCCCUGUGGUGGUGUUUCUCAGGGGCCCUGCUCCCCACCAGGCACUGGCUCCCUCGGCGGCAGCUCUAGCUCCCUAUCUGGUGGCAAAAUCAUCCUUCAGCCCUGUGGCAGCAAGUCCAGCGCUCCUGGUCACCCUUGCAUUUCUGUCUCCUCCUCGACCCUGAGUGGAGGUCCAAAUGGCUCUCCCCAACCUGACCCCUCAGCUGGUGCCAAGCCCUGUGGUCCUGGCAACUCUGGAAAGAACCCUUGUCGCUCCAUCCGGGACAUCCUAGCCCAGGUGAAGCCUCUGGGGCCCCAGCUAGCUGACCCUGAAGUUUUCCUACCCCAGGGAGAUCUACCUAACAGUUCAUAA